CUCUCUGAAAAGCCCAACAAUAGAAUAUUCAUCAGAAGAACAGCAGUUGGAGCCCAGAGGGAGACAAUGGAAGGCUGGGACCAGGGGCCCAAGUUAGAGGAAAGAAACGAGACUUUUCUUCUAGCCAAGAUGAAAGACAUGCAAGCCAGUCAGAAAACUUCAGUGGCCCUGCAGAGUGAAGUCCAUGAGCAGGAAGAUAAAAUGGAAAAUCAAGCACAAAGAGAAGACACACAUGAUGGUCGCCCAGUGACACAGCGAUCUUUAGUACAUUUUUUUCCGCAAACAGAUUCAGAUGCCACACUGCCUUUGUCACAGUCAUUAACCUAUGACACACCUCUCAGUUACUAUAUGUCUGACCCUCAGUUUAGUGGAAUAACUGUAUCAACAACUGGGCAGAACACUCCUAAAACUACUAUAGAGGGCCAUUCCCAAUCAGCAAACAGCUUGGGAGUCAACAGCUUCAUAAUGACAAAGAAACAGCCUCCGUCAGUCCUUGCUCCUGAGACAGCUGUAACUGGGGAAGGAGAAGAUUAUUUCCUAUCUUUGUUUGGUGAUUCAAAGAAAUUUGCUGCAUGCUCAUUCCAGGCAGAGAACACCCGGAAGCACUUUUCCAUGAUUCUUGAAGAAGUGGGCCAAUCUAGAUCCAGUGCUCUUGGAGACAUUAAAAUAGCUGAAGUAAAUGUCAAGGGUUUAUUCGUGAAGCUCAUUAACUCUUCCCUUGACAAAGAACUGGAGAUUGGAGGUCAUAUUCUCCAGCAAAAUGUGAAUGGACAAACAGUCUCUUUGUACCGCUUCCUUCCAAAUAUCAUAAUGCAGGCAAAUCGCACAGUAACAGUUUGGGCAGCUGCAUCUGAAGCAAAGCAUCAGCCACCAUCAGAUUUUCUUUGGAGAGAACAAAAAAUGUUUAAAACAAGCCCAGAUUGUACAACAAUUCUGUGCAAACCUAAUGGUGAAGCUGUCGCCUGGUACACUCCUAUUCACUGGAAACAAGUGUGGGAGAAAUUAGAGACUGACAUUGAAUUUGACAGAUGCUCAAUAGUAAGUCCAACGUCUCGAAGACACGUAUUUCAUUGGCCAACAGCUAUAUCUACAACUAAAGAAAAACAAGACAAGUCUAAUAAGGAUACCUCAAAAAAUCAGAUGGAACAAGUUAGAGUUUUUCUUAAAAGAGAAAAAGAAAACCCACCAACCCUUUUUCCUAAUAGCAGUCCUUGGUGCCACAGUCCCAAUGUCCCUGCACAUCCCUACUGUCCUCUGAUUGAACCUCACAAUACCAGCAUGGCUGGAAGCAGCUUAGAUAGACAGCCUAGGCCUCAGUCAUCUGGGUCCGAUCCAGCCCAGGGGCAGAGAGAGAGGGAGACACAGAAUCAAAGGCAGGCUCCCAGCUCUGAACCACCAGCACAAAGACUGAUCUACUUCAUUAUUAUGGCAGCUGUGAGUGUAGAAAAUAGAGAAUUUGAGGAAUUUUACAGGCUGUGCACCGCCUACCAUUGCGUUGGGCCAGAAGAGGCAAACACACCUGGUGGUCAGAGACCUGGUCUAGCUGUAACAGGCCCACCUCCAGCUUUAAUCCGAGCUUGUGUUCAAAUGAUGGCCCAAACAGAGUUUGCCUUGCCAUGCAGAAAAAUCUCUCAAGCCUUUCCUGGGGAGGUGGCGCCAAUGGGGGCCGGGGCUCAGCUCCCAGUUCCUGUGGCUCAGCUGAGAAGCCGGGCGGCACAGCAGAACCGCUUCUCCCGAGGAGCUGCUUAG